AUCUCAACCAAUCCAAAUUAAUCGCUUGUGACCUCGACUUGUAACCCUUGCACGCAAAGCGAGGAAGGAUAGCUACUGUACAUACACAGCUUGCAGGAUACAAUCCAAGCGACCAACCACCUCAACACAUUCCACCCAUUGGAUCAAAACAUCUCCCUCAAAUCAUUCAUCAUCCAGUCAAUAAUAAUCAACAAUGUCCCACUCCAAACGCAACACGUCACUUGCAUUUUUCACUGCUCACGAACGCUCGCUUCUCCGCAACAACUGGGGCAGUCAAUCAACACGUUUAACACGAGAUGCAUUCCUUCCAUUUGGAUACUGUCGCCUAUGUCUAGGUAUUGCUGUCGAUCCAGUAGCGUGUAACAACGGAGCCGACACUAGAGGAUCUGGAUCUGGAUCUGGCUCUGGCUCUGGAUCUCAUUCUGAAGAACCCAAAGUCCAUCUCUUCUGUCGCGAAUGCGCACUCAAUGAUCUCGUCAGUCAAAGAAAAGAGAUUCAACGAUUGGAAAGGGAUCAGCAAGCUAGAGAUCAGAUUCAACGUGAGGAGAAAGAAGUGCAGAUCGAAGAGGAGAGACAGAGGGAGCUGGAGAGGUUUGAGAGGGGGGAGAUGGGAAUAGGUGAUGAUGUUAGAGGUGUUAAGAGGAAGAGAGGUGCUACUGAGAUGCAUUCUUCUUCUACCUCGACGACGACGACGACGACGACGGCAGUAAAAACUCCUACGACUACAACAUCCAAAGACUCCGCCGGCGGCAGCAGCACAAGCAACGGCGAGAGCAAUGGCCACAGCCACGGUUCGCAAAAGACAGAAUCUAAACGCUCGACAUCAUCAACCUCAGAAUCAAGUUUCUGGAUCCCGUCUGUAUCGACCAUCUCCACCGCAAGUGGACCAACGAUCAAACAUAAACUUCAACCUCUAUGUCCGGCAUCAACACCAACCGAUAAACAUACAUAUAAUUUAAAAAGUCUGGUUACGGUGCAAUUCACGGAGGUGGGCGAUGAUAAUGACCAGGACAAAGACAAAGACAAAGACAACACCAAGACCACAAAAACCAAACCAACGUCGAGAAUCUGUCCUAGUUGUCAAAAAGUAUUGACUAAUACGUCACGUGCGAGACUGGGUACGGCGGUUGGAUGUGGACAUGUUGUAUGUGGGGGGUGUGCUGCGUUAUUUCUCAAGGGCUCUUCGUCGGAUUCGAGGAUCAGUUGUUAUGUUUGUCAAGCUGAUCUUUCUGGUCGGUCGAGUGGGGAGGUUUUGACUGGUGAAGAUGGGAACAAGUCGAAGAAAUCGAAAUCGAAACAUAGACAUAAUACGGUUGGUAGACUGGUGGAGGUUAGUUGCGAGGGGACAGGCUUUGCAGGUGGAGGAACUAAUAUUGCGAAACGGGAUGGUGUUGCGUUCCAGUGUUGAGAGAUAGAGCAAACGUCCUUGGAGAGUCGAGAUUCCAACAACACACACCGGCAAUAACAAG